AUGCGGGAUAUACUUUUAUUUGGUCCUCUUACCGGUGCUUUAGUCAAUCGAUUUGAUUAUCGUAUAGUUGCAUCAAUUGGUUCAGUUAUUACUUCAUUAUGCCUUCUAAUAUGUGCACUAUUCAUAUAUGAUUUAAUCAUAUUUACUAUUGUAUUCGGUGUCAUUGGAGGGAUUGGCUGUAGCCUAAUUUAUUUACCAGCUAUUACAGUAGUUGGACAUUGGUUCGAAGAUCAUCGUGCUUUUAUUGUUGGUAUGGUAAUGUGUGGUGGAUGUUUAGGUUCCGGUUUAAUGUCUAUCAUUACGCCUUAUUUGGCUCAUCAUUUCUCAUGGCGUGGUAGUCUUAUUUUAAUUGCUGGAUUAUUUAAUCAAACAUUAGUUGGUAUCGCAUUAUUUCGUCCAAUAAGUGUACAUGAAAAAAUUAAAGCAGUUAAAUUAUUAAAACAAUCUGAAAAAAAAGAUACUAGAAUGAAGCAUCAUAAAAGUAAAAAGCAUAAAUUAACAUUUCUAUCAUUAUGCAGUCGUAAUAAGUCAUCAAAACAUCGUCAAGAAAGAAAGGUUGCAAUUCAACGUGGUUCUAUAAUGGCUAGAAUUAUUGAAGAGAAAUCACGUCAAAGAACUACAUCAACAGGAAGUUUAGAUGGAAUGGUAAUAACACGUGAAAAUCAAUUAGUUGCACUUUCAUCAUCUAAUGCUUAUGAAGUUGUUAUGGCUGCAGCUGCUGUAUAUAAUGCUAACAAUAUGAUAAAUAUACAAAAAGAAGAAAAGAAAAAGAACAAUAUAAAAAUGAAUUUCAGUUAA